AAGAAGAGAAAGAAAGACGACCAUAGGGUUUUAGUGGUAAAUGCGAGAAUUGGUACACGAAAUGAACAUUUCCUGCAAUUUAUCAGUGGUGUUUUGGAUACAGCUGAUGCACAUACAAUAUCAAGUCUUCAUCUCAUCCUGGAUAAUGUCUCUAUAUAUGAAGUUUCUACUGUUCAAGAUCUAAUUAAAAGUCGCACAUACAAAUCUGUUUACUUUCUGAAUUCAAUUGAAUUAUUCUGGUCAAAAAAGAGAGACUGUCUCACGGCAAUUGAUGAUUCAAGUGCUAUCAUCAUUGAAACGGUAAGACAAGUGUCUGUUAACGACUAUCAGGGAUGGAUAAAGCAUUCUGUUUCAUUUUUUCGAUAG